CUGUCUCAGUUAUCAUGCUAUGGAGUUUGAUUACUAGAGUAAGGUCACUGCCAAAAGUAACCAAACAAGCACCAUGUUACAUUUUGAACGUAAACUAUGCGUUUCUAACUCUGUAUGAUGCUGACAGUGACGAUCAGACGUUGUGCAUGCGGCUACCUGUAAAACUGGGUAGAGCUUGACUGAAGGCAGCAGUGAGUAUAGAUGAACACCUGCAAGGAAAGAAUGAAACCAUUUUGAAUGCCACACAAUUUACCAGAAAGAAAUAUGACCCUGGAUAAUUCUACUUGUGUGUUUAAUAAUACAAAAUCUGAGCAAGAGAAUGGAAAUUAUACUGAUAUAGAUGAACACCUGCAAGGAAAGAAUGAAACCAUUUUGAAUGCCACACAAGUAGAUUUACCAGAAAGAAAUAUGACCCUGAAUAAUUCUACUUGUGUGUUUAAUAAUAUAAAAUCUGAGCAAGACAAUGGGAAUUAUCCUGAUGUGAAUAAUACUGAAACUGGAGGACACAAUCAAAAUUAUUCUCAACCAAAUAAAUUAAUGUUGCAAAGAUUCUUCUCAAAAGUAGAUGUAAUUUACCAACUUGCGCCACAAAUAAUCUUAUACAUGCAAUUGCUGGAGGUGCAGAUGAAAAUGCUGGCAAGGCUACGUCUGAUCCCUAUGGAUUCGGGAAACGUAAAUGAUACAAUUUCAACAGCAAGUUAAAGACAGAACUACCAGUGAUGAAAAAUCAUCAUUCAUUGUGGAUAUUAUCCUUGGCUUUGCAUCUGCUACUACAUGAAGAUCAGUUUUGCUCAAUGGAUAGUACAAGUGCAGCAACAAAAGUGAAGCAAACGGUGUUUAUCACAAUAGAAGUGACAAAUAAAAUAUCUGCCUAAUCA